ACAGACACAAUGAACCUUUUCCUUCAGUUCGAAACAAGCAGAUCUAGAAUCUUUACACCAUGCCACCAAAAAAGAAAGGGAAAGGAAACAGCAAAAAGGACAAGUCCAAAAAGAGCACACCAGAAAAAGAUGAUGGACUUACAGAGAAGUAUCGGAGAAGUGCCUUAGACGUGGCUGUUUUAAAAGAACAUCUUGCUCUGAGGACCAGUAUAACGCGUCAGGCCACAGCAGUGAGAGAUGACUUGAAAAGUCAAAUCAGAGAUCUGGAGCAGGUGCUCAGGCAGGAACGAUCAGACAUGAAGGACAUCACUACAGAUCUCAACCGCCAAUAUGAGUCCAUGGAAACAGACCUGCAGACUAAAGUAAACAGGCUUGAAGUGAGUGUAGAUUUGCUUGAGACGCAGCUCGCCGAAUGUCAGGUUAAAUUAAAAUCGGAAAGAGAGCAGCGAGAGAAGACAGAAGCAGAGAAAGACGCCAUCAUCUCUGACCUCCAAAGCAAACUGGAUAGUAUGGAGAGAGAGUGUGAGAAGAUCCUGCACGGCUGUCUGGACAGUUUGCUCUCUCACCUGGUCGAGACGCGGUUGCAGUGGGAAGAACAGAGCACAGACAUUCAUCAGGAAGUCAAGGACACGCUCAGAGACUUUGGGUUAAACCCGCUUCACAUAUGAGGACACCUUCGGUUGAGCACUGUGAACAGAACAGGAGCAGGACCAAGACAUCUGACCUUUGACAUCUGAGCAAUUGCACAUAUAUUGCAUAAACCAGUUUUCAAACUCCUAUAUAG